AUGAGUUCAAGUGAGUUCAGAUUGGAGCGCAACGUUGAGUUGUCGCCAGAGACAAAAGCUAUUGCAGAACAGGAGUUACGGGAAACUCCAGAGAGGGUGCGUGAAGCCUUAGAGAGACUGCGGGAGCUGCUGAAGGAGAACAAGGACCUACACUUCGGAGAUGACGACGAGCUGCUCACAAUUUUCCUGCGCCCUUGCAAGUGGUACCCGGAGAGCGCGAUUGCACUAAUGCGUCGUGUCGCGGAGUUCAAGCGCGACAAUGCGUCACUGCUGGACAACUUACUGCCUGAACAAGAGCAGACCGCUUUCCUUGACCAUAAGGUCGUCAACGUCCUGAAGGGCCGCGACCAUAAGGGAAGAAGAGUCCUAAUUGUCAGUGUUGGAGGUUCAUGGGACCCAAAGAAGGUGAAUGCUGACCAGCUGUUCAGGCUGUUCUAUUUGAUCCACGAGGCGGCCAUGUUGGAGCCAGAGUCACAAGUUAGAGGAACAGUUGUCAUCAUGGACUUCCACAACAUGGGGUGGACACAGACAAUGGGUCUUACUCCAGCGUUCUCCAAGCGUCUCCUGACCUUCAUCCAGGACGCUAUGCCCCUUCGGCUGAAGGAGGUGCACUUCGUGAAGCAGCCCAUGGUCUUCAACGUUGUAUGGAACAUGUUCAAGCCCUUCAUCAGGGAAAAGCUCAAGAACAGAAUUUUCUUCCACGGCUCGAAGAUGUCAUCACUUCAUAAGCACAUGGCGGCGUCUCACCUGCCGUCUGACUACGGUGGUGAGCUGCCCGCCAUCGACUACUCCGGCGCCGACUGGUACCCUGUCAUCAACGAUGUCUUGCCGCACAUCAACAACUGGAACACCUAUGGGUUCGCCAAGAGCUCGUAG